GCUCACUGCCCCACCAUAUGCUCUCGCUCUGGCUCUUGCAUCUCUAGUUCUCACUAUCUCUCUGCCACAUCCAUCACCAUGGCAGAACACCAAGCCCUAUUCACAUGGGGCGCAGGUCCAAACUCGGUCUCCAUCGCAGGAGGCUUCAACGACUGGAGCGCGACCGCGACUCCCCUCAUCAAGCAGCCUGACGGGAGCUUCAAGGCAACUGUCUCGGUGCCGUGGGGCUCGACGCAGGCGUACAAGUACAUCGUAGACGGCGAAUGGAUGGUUCGCGAAGACGAGGAGAAGGAUUACGAUGCCGCGGGCAACCACAACAACGUGAGUGUUUGUACGAGGGGGCCCGAGCGGUCAGCGGCGGGCGGUGAGCAGAGAGCGAGGUAGACGAGCAUGAGGCAGGAGCCGCAUUGCGCGGCCGAAUGAGGGAGACUGGUGGAGCAUUGGAUGGGGCUUAGGGCGUGUGGGCCAGGUGGAGCGUGCAGCGCGUCGCAGUUUGCGAGCCUUUAACGCGGCGUACAUCCGCGAGCUCGACGAUAUCCCCCGACGGGGAUGCGCCGAGUGGUUGGGUGAUCGAGUGAUGGCGCCGAAACAUGCUCGAUCCGAGACAAUUUCCAUUUGAACACAUUUUCCGUGGCACUGUUUACAUCCCCGAGUGACUACCCCUCCC